GUACUCGUUCGUCUGAUCAAGUCCAGCAGUCAGCGAGUGAAGAGUAGUUCUCCGAGAGACGCAACGGAGAGCGCGCGCGUGUGUAACUUGGGUGAAUGUUGACGUGAGUGACUGCAGCCACAUUUUCGCACCUGCGAACGAACAGCGCAUUUUACAUCUCGCACGAUUUUUUUAAAUUUCAAAAAAUACUGUUUCCGACAUGGUUCUUGAUGUUACACGCUAGGGAAAUUAAAUUAAUUUUUUUAAGUGACUCGGGGUGGCCGACUGAAAUCAGUUAAAAAAUAUUUUAGACUCGUUUCAAAGGGAUGGAAACAUACCUUAUUACGCGUGCGAUGUUAAUGGUUGGUUGAUUUUUUUUUCUUUCUGGAUGACCAAGUAAUUUUCUUCAGGGAAAUGAAAUCACAUCAAUAGGAACCGAUGCCCAUUUUUUCUUGAUUCGAGCAGUGCAAGAGGCGCGGGCCAUGUCGACGGCGGGCAUCGAGCUCAUCACACGCAACAGCCUCAACUCGCUGCGCCAUGUCAGCCAGACGUCCAACUACCUGCGGGAGACGCUCAACUCGCAGCCCGUGGACGACCGGAGCUGGUCCUGGGGCUACCUGCGGAGGCAGUUCCGAGUCAAGAACCUGGACGAGCUGUACAGCAGCUACCAGCAGCGGCUGCAGCACGGAUACUUCUCCGUCUUCCUCGUGCUGCAGAUCGUCGUCUCCCUGGGGCACAUAUCGGCCGUCGUCGCUCUGGACGGGCUGGCGCACACGUGGCCCGACGUGGUGUGCUACGUGCUGCUGAUGCUGCUGUGCGGCCCGCUCGUGUGGCUGCUGGUGCAGGAGAAGAAGGCGGAGGAGUACCCCUGCGUGCCGUUCGCGUCCUCGUGCGCCGUCGUCCUGGUGAUGGUGGCCGCCGACCUCACACUCACGCUGCACCACGCCGGGGCGCACGACAGCGGCGCCGGGGCGGUGGUGCGGCCCUCGUUCACCACGCACUCGCUGCUCGCCUGCUACAUGUUCCUGCCGCUCAGCAACAACGUGCAGGUGCUCGUCCUGGGCGUGUCCAUCAGCCUGUGCCACCUGGUGGCGCUCGGCAGCGUCGUCUACAGCGGCCAGCCGCGUCUCUGGCAGAAGCUUACAUCCGAUGCAGUUUACUUGAUAUGUGUCAAUUUCCAUGGCUUGUACUUCCGUCUGCUGAACGAAAUUUCGCUGAGACGCACGUUCCUGGACAGGCGGGCCUGCGUUGAAGCCACACACAAACUGCAGUAUGAAAAAACACAAGAGGAACACCUGCUUCUCAGCAUUCUCCCGAGACACAUCGUGGACAGCGUCCGCGACGACAUACGCAGGAUCAUCCAGCAGAUAGAUCAUCCGCCCCGGAAAAAGCCCUUCAGCGACAUGUACGUGAAGGAGCACCAGAAGGUCAGCAUCCUGUACGCCGACGUGGUCAACUACUCGCAGCUGACCGUGUCCCUGCCCGUCCAGAAGCUGGUCGAGGUGCUGAACGAGCUCUUCGGUCGGUUCGACGACGCCUGCGAGGAGCACGGGGUGCUGAGGAUCAAGUUCCUGGGGGACUGCUACAACUGUGUGUCCGGGAUCCCCGCCGUGAACCCGUCGCACGCCAAGAGCUGCGUCCGGCUGGGGCUCGACAUGAUCUCCAUCAUUAAGGAGGUCAGGGGCGCCAGGCGGCUGAACGACCGGCUGAACAUGCGCAUCGGCGUGCACAGCGGCAAGGUGCUGAGCGGGCUGCUGGGCGUGUGCAAGUGGCAGUACGACAUCUGGUCCCAGGACGCCAUCAUCGCCAACCACAUGGAGCAGGCGGGCAUACCCGGCCAUGUCCAUGUCACCAAAGACACAUUACUACUGCUGGAGAACGAGUUCCAGUACAAGCCAGCCAAUGGAAACAAGAGAAACAAGUUUCUGGAGAAACACAACAUAGAAACAUUCCUGAUCAUACCAAACGAACCCCGCUCGCACACGAAAAUAGAAAAGCAGCCGAAGAAGAGCGACAACAACAACUAUGAAGCGAGAAUUAGUUUCUCCAGGAGGAUAAGCAACGGCAACGUCAGGCGGCUCACGAGCGGCAGGAUCCACAGCCUCCGGGGGUCCAGCGCCGAGGUGGCCAGCCCCGUGAGCUCCAGGCGCCGGAUGGCUUUCAUGGACAACAACUUGUACCGGUACCAGCAGACGCUCAAGGUCGCGGACGAACAGAUGGCGGAGGCCAUCAGGAACAUGCCUGUUGGGGUGUACCACAGGUGGAUGUUCCGGCAGACGAACAUCAACCCCUUGUUCUUGAACUUUGAGAACAUGAAGUGGGAAAUGCCCUUCCUGCGACAGCCGGACCCUCUCUUCAAGUUCUACAUCGUCAGCUCCCUUGCCGGCGUGGUGGGCAUGAUGGUCAUCCAAGCUCUGGGCAGCUCUAGGCACUGGAUGACGUGGGCGGGCUUCGGGCUGGUGGCGGGCUGCCUGCUGGCGCUCGUGCCCUUCACCUGGUCGCACUACGCCUGGAACAAGCUCAAGGACCCCCACCAGGACACGGACGCCAUAGAGGAGCCCCGCCGCGCCCUGCCGCGCCUGCUGUACGCCGCCUCGCUGCGCGUCAUGUGGCGCUGCGAUCUGCGCUUCCUGCUCUACCUGCUGCUGUGCGCGCUGCUCACGUCCUGCACCGUGCUCGAGCUGGUAGAAUGUAGCAUGGAUCUGGAAAGGAAUAAAAAGGCUUAUAACAUGACCGGGCAGUUAAAUGCAACUGUGUUGAUGGAAAGUCAUUGGCUGGAAGAGUGUCUUGCUCCUUGGAACGUCACCGAGUCAUGCAUGCUGGUGAUGAUCGUCAGCUUCAUGUUCCUCAGGAUACACUUCCUGCUGAAGCUGGUGGUGUGCGUGUCCAUCUUCGCCGUGUACACGUACGGCAUUUGGUCGGUGAACCCACAGCUCUUUACAUAUGGCGAGACGAUGAACCCGGGGAUGAAGCCAGCCGUGGCCCACACACUCUGCGUGCUCUUCCUAGGCACGACACUUCACAUGUUGGACCGACAGACUGAGUACAUAAACAGACUGGAUUACAAGUGGAAAAGACAGCUCUCGGAAGAACAAGACGAAGGAGCAAUCACUCACAUGGUCAACAAGAUGUUGCUGGAAAACAUCCUGCCUAUCCAUGUUGCCAAGCUGUACUUGAACACGAACAGGGCGUAUGGGGAGCUGUACCACGAGGAGUACGAGACGGUGGCCGUGAUGUUCGCCACUAUCACCGACUACGCCCUCUUCAGCGAGCACGAGUCUGAGAGGCUGAGUCAGCUCAGUAGCCUCAAGAUGCUCAACCAGAUCAUUUGCGACUUCGACAAGCUGCUGUUCGAGCCCAGCUUCCUGCGCGUGGAGAAGAUCAAGAUGGCGGGCUGGACCUACAUGGCGGCCUGCGGCCUCGACUCGGGCCGACGCGACUCCACCGUGUCGAUGGCCAGGGUCAACGUCUCGGAGCACGUAGUGGUCGUCAUGGCGCGGUUCGCCGCCAUGAUGAUGCGUGUCCUCCAAGAGAACAACCGCGAGAGCUUCCAGAACUUCAGGCUCCGAGUGGGUAUAUCCCACGGGGAGGUGACGGCGGGAGUGGUCGGCUCCCACAAGCCUCUGUACGACAUCUGGGGGGACGCCGUCAACAUGGCCUCACGCAUGGACUCCACUGGGGAACCAGGUCGAAUACAGUUGCAGACUUGCCUUAGCCACAAGUCGCUUUACGGUUCCACCUACCCCAUCACAAGGUCCCUUGCCGUGACUUGUUGCAAAAAAAUACCACUCAGCAUCAACUCCAAAGUUACUCCAGGUGACAGAAGAAACAGCGGUAGUUUUGAGGGAUCAGCAAGUCAGUUGCCAGUGUCGCGGACUGACCUACGUCAAGAACAAAGGCGACAUGAUGACUUAUUUCGUGGACAUUGAUUCAAACUUCAAUUUGAUUGAAUCAAGAACACCAGUACACACUUUUCAUCAGUGCACCGAUGAAGAAAACACUAGGUUAUGACACUGGGACAUUCCUAAGCAGUAUUAGUGUCUUGUACAUAAGUGAUCCACUUUGAAGCUACUACAAAGUGUAACAAAGAUUUAGUGACAACUGUAAUUUUUAUCAUUGUAAGAUUGACAUUUUAUAAAUACUUUGUUUUUUUCUUUCAACAAAAUAAAAUAAAAAUGCCAGAAAGAAGCUAA